AGCACCUCACACUGACAUGAGCAUACAUAAAAUUAUUGAGGUGACUUUGGAUCAGUGCAACUCCCAUGACUUUCGCAGUUUCUUUUUCACUAAAUUCUAAUUUUACAAACAUUAUCAGAUGGCAUUAAUACUGUACCUCUAUGCUGUUGAAGAAGUCUCACACUCCUGUCACAUUUAUAUAUUUAUAUCAAAUUUUGACUUUGAAAUUUCAUCUGUAAACUAGCUCCUUUUGAGUUUUUUUUUUUUUAGUAAUAAAUAGAAGACAAUCUCUGAAGUUAUUAUGCACUUUAACAAUGGUGUUUCUCUCUAUACAACUUGCUUAAUUUCAUCCAAGUAUAAAUGUUAGCCCUCAGAAAUCUAAGAUACCAUCUUCGCACGUCUUUAAUAUGAAGAUACAGUUAAAACUUCUGCUUUCUUUUGCUUGUCUGCUGGUCUGCAACUCUUCUUCCAUACAGCAGCCAUGGUGUCAUGAUGAAGAGAGAUCUUUCUUGUUACAAUUCAAGCAAAGCCAAGCCAUAGACAUGUCUUCUUGUGAACCUUCUGGUUAUACUAAGGUCAACACCUGGAAACUUGGAAGCAAUACUAGCGAUUGCUGCUCAUGGGAUGGUGUUGAAUGCGAUAAGGACACAGGCUAUGUAAUUGGCCUUGACCUUACAAGUAGCUGUCUCUAUGGUUCCAUCAACUCUAGCAGUAGCCUCUUUCGCCUUGUUCAUCUUACAAGUCUUAAUCUUGCUUACAAUAACUUCAAUCGUUCAAAAAUCCCUCCUGGAAUUAUGAAUCUGCUUAGCUUGACAUCUUUAAAUCUCUCUUUCUCUAAUUUUUCUGACCAGAUUCCAUCAGAAAUAUUAGAGCUGUCCAAUUUGGUUUCGCUUGAUCUUUCAGACAAUCCGUUGAUGCUUCGACAGCCUAGUUUAAAAGAUCUAGUUGAAAGAUUAAUCCAUUUGACCGAACUUCAUCUGAGUGGUGUCAUCAUUUCUUCUGAAGUACCUCAAAGUUUGGCAAACUUAUCUUCUCUGUCAUCUCUCCUCCUUAGAGACUGUAAAUUACAGGGACAGUUUCCUGUCACAAUCUUCCAAUUACCUAAUCUUCGGUUUCUAAGCGUGCGAUCUAAUCCAUUUCUCGCUGGAUAUUUACCAGAAUUUAAGAACGGUAGCACACUUGAGAUGUUGAGGCUUGAACGUACAAAUUUCUCUGGUCAGCUUCCAUAUUCAAUUAGAAACCUUAAAUCCUUGAGUAAUUUUGUUGCUAGUGGAUGUAGAUUUUGGGGGGCAAUACCAUCUUCAGUUGGUAACCUUAGUAACCUGAACUUUCUGGAUCUGUCUGAUAACAACUUCUCUGGACAGAUCCCUUCUUCCUUUGGCAAUCUUCUUCAACUCAGUUAUCUGUCACUUUCCUUUAAUAGUUUCAGCCCUGGCACCUUGUAUUGGCUUGGUAACCUAACCAAUCUUUACCUUCUGGGUUUGGUGGAGAUGAAUUCAUAUGGAGACAUCCCAUCUUCUGUUCAAAACCUUACCCAACUCAGUUACUUGUGGCUCCAUUCCAAUCAACUAACAGGCCAAAUCCCAUCUUGGAUAGGAAAUUUUACACACUUAGUUGAGCUUCAACUUGCAAAAAAUAAAUUGCAAGGUCCAAUUCCUGAGUCUAUUUUUGAGCUUCCAAAUCUUGAAGUUCUUGAAUUACAUUCUAACAUUCUUAGCGGUACUUUGAAAUCUGAUUUAAUUCUUAAACCAAAAUACCUUUAUGAUCUGCAGUUAUCAGAAAACAAUUUGUCUCUGGUUGGAAGCCCCAAUUCCAAUGCUACUCUGUCUAAAUUAAGGGUCUUAGGAUUGAGUUCGUGUAAUCUAAGAGAAUUCCCGGCUUUCUUGAGGUGGCAAAAUGAACUAGAGUUCUUGGACCUUUCUCGGAAUAAAUUGGAGGGUCUUAUACCAAACUGGAUAUUAAAUUGGGGCAUUGAAAACCUCACCUUUUUGAAUCUAGCUUACAAUUUCUUGACAGGUUUCGAGCAACCCCUUAAUCUUCUUCCAUGGACCAAUUUACAUGUCUUUAAUCUUACUUCUAACGAGUUCCAAGGAACCCUUCCAGUUCCGCCGCCUUUCAUCACCAUUUACUCAGUUUCCAAAAACAAGUUUAAUGGAGAAAUCUCACCAUUAUUCUGCAAUCUGACUUCCGUUUUGGCUGUUGAUCUGUCUAGCAACAACUUAACCGGCGAGCUUCCUCCAUGCUUGGGAAACCUAGGCAACUUUGUAUCAGUUCUGGACUUAAGAAACAACAGUUUCUCUGGCAAGAUUCCUGACGAAUACACAAUUGGCUGCAAAUUGAGGAUGAUUGAUUUGAGUCAAAAUAAAAUUGAAGGGAAGGUACCAAGAUCACUAGCCAAUUGUACAAUGCUAGAGAUUCUUAAUUUUGGAAAAAAUCAGAUAAAUGAUAUCUUUCCUUCCUGGUUGGGCAUUCUUCCGGAGCUGAGAAUUCUCACUUUGAGAUCUAAUAAGCUUCAUGGUGCAAUAGGGGAACCUUUGACCAGUUCAGAGUUUUCCAGAUUGCAGAUCAUCGACCUUUCUGACAACAAUUGUACAGGUAAGUUGCCAGUAGAAUACAUCAGAAAUUGGGCUGCCAUGAAAAUUGUUGAUAAAGACCACUUAUUAUACAUGCAAGCAAAUACAAGUUUCCAGAUCCGUGACUUUUUAUGGCAUGGUGAUCAUAUCUACUCUAUUACAAUGACAAACAAAGGUACAGAGACAGUAUAUCAAAAGAUCCUAGAAUUCUUUGUAGCUAUUGAUCUCUCGAAUAACAGAUUUGAAGGAGGGAUUCCUGAAGUCAUUGGAAGUCUGACAGAACUACAAUUGCUUAACCUCUCCAACAACAUUCUUACUGGUAGCAUCCCUUCAUCUUUAGGAAACCUGAAACAGCUUGAAGCUUUGGAUUUUUCUACCAAUAAACUUUCAGGAGAGAUCCCAAUGCAAUUAGCACGACUCACCUUCCUUUCUUUCUUCAAUGCGUCUCACAAUCAUCUGACAGGACCAAUACCAAGAGGAAACCAAUUUGAUACAUUCCAAAAUAAUUCUUUUGAAGCAAAUUUAGGAUUGUGCGGAUACCCUUUGUCAGAAAAAUGUGGUGAUAAAAAUGGGACCUCAUCACUGGCACCUCCAGAAGAUGAAGAUGAAGAUUCAGAGUCAUCGUUUGAAUUUAGUUGGAAAGUGGCGUUGAUCGGAUAUGCCAGUGGAUUGCUGAUAGGAGUAAUUAUUGGGGGCACUAUGAACAUCAGGAAGUAUGAGUGGCUUAUCAAGAAUCUUAUGAGGUGGCAAUCGCAUCUAUUCCCAUGAAUGAUAGGAGUCAGAAAAGUCAGCAUUUGAUGUAAUUCUUGUUUGGAAAGAUGGCGCACAUCUGCGAGGAAAAAGAUAGCUAGGAUGUCAGGAGAUUUGAAGUUUAUUUCCAAUGUUUUACAGGGACGUUUGCGGUGGAGUAUUUUAAGAAUUGGGCAGCCAUGAAAAGUACUGAUCAAGAUCGCCUAAAGUAUAUGCAAGCAAACCCAGUUUCCAAAUACAAGAUUAUUCAUGGGUUGACUAUUUUAGCUACUCGAUUACAAUAAGAAAUAAAAGAACAGAGUCAGCUAUUGAUUUCUCGAACAAUAGUUUUGAAGGAGGAAUUCCUAAUGAUACUGGAAAUCCAGGACAGGACUAAAGCGUGCUAAACCUUUACAACAACAUUCUAACCGGUCAAAUUCCAUCAUUUUUGGGGAGCUUGAGAGAGCUUGAAGCUUUGGAUCAUUUUAUGAAUAAAAGGUCCGGAGAAUACCAGUGCAAGUGCAACUGACACAGUUAAGCUUUCUUGCUUUCUUCAAUGUAUCUCAUAAUCUCCUGACAGGACCAGUACCAAGAUGACAUCAAUUCGGUACAUUUCAAAAUGAUUCGUUCGGGGGGAAUUCAGGGCCGUGUGGGUACCCUCUAUCCAAAAACUGUGGAGAUGAUGGAGACUCGCCAAUAGCACACCUCCAGAAUAUGAAAAAUCAGGGUCUUCAUUGGAACUGAAUUGGAAGGUGGCCUUAAUUGGUUAUGGAAGUGGACUAUAUAGAUUGGAAUAGUAUCGGGUGCUGUGUUAGCAUUGAAUAUUGAAUGGCUUAUGAAUAAGUUUUUAAGGUGGCAGCUCAUGAAUGGUAGUGGUAAUUGGUAAGGAGUGAAAGAUGUAACAGUGCCAACCAAGUUCUAUCUUUGUUUGCCAAAGUGUAUUAAUGACUAAAUAUGAAUAAAUCAUUUUAUUUUCUUUUACAAUAUUAGAUAAA